AUGGGAAACACCGCCUCGAAAGCUGCUCGCAAAUUGCCGCGCCAGGUGCCGGCACAGACUCAAAUGGCGCUGAAGGUUGAGCCGACGAGAGUAAACGAGCCCACUGCUCGCGAGCAAAAGGAAAGCGUCCGCCCAGACGGCCAUGAUCCCGACGAUUUACUCUCCCGGCUCAGCCGAAUCGGGCCCGUGAAACUCGAAGAGGACCAAGCCAAGUACCAGCCAGCAAAGUCAGACGUCCUGAUUCAAACCCUGGAAUACCGUGCCCGAGUCCAGGCUGCCGAUGCCGAGGCCACUGCCAAGUCUGGGGUCAAAACGCUCCUGCCUGCACAAACCGUCACGGCAAUUCUCCAGUCCCUGCAGGCAGGCGACUCCAGAGAAUCCAUUGCAAGAUCCUACAACACUACACUUGAAACUAUCGAUAAGCUAAAAGCACUCAGCGUCCCCAGAAUGACCGUAGGGCGCCGCCAGUAG